AUGAGACUGCUCUAUCGAGGGAAGGAUCUGAAUUACUUCAAGAAACAUGAAAUUCCUCAUGUGACGCCUCUUCCCAUUGUAGGCAAUCUAGGCUCCAUGAUCAUUCGUAGUCAAUCUGCAUCUGAAUUUGUCAUGGCAAUUUACAUAUUGACGCCAAUUAAUGUUGUGGAUUUAAUAAGCUCGGGAUGUACGUGGAUCAUCGUAAUUUUAUCGAUCAAAAUCAAAGAUCCGCUUUUGGGCAAAAAUCUCAUCGUUCUACGCGGGAACAGAUGGCGAGAGAUGCGACCGAUAUUCAGUCCGGCUUUCACGUCGAGUAAAAUGAAAAGAAUGUAUAAGCUGAUAUCAAAUUGCAGUGUUGACUUUGGUAAUUACUUGGCGCAAUUACCACCGGAGAAAAGGAUAAUGGAAAUGAAAGGCGUCUUCACGAGAUAUACAAACGACGUUAUCGCUACUUGCGCUUUUGGUGUCAAUGUUGAUUCUAUGAGAAAUCCGGAGAACGAAUUCCUAUAUGUGUGGUGAGGAGGCGAUUGUUUUCAACACUCUUGUCUUGUUGAAGGCCUACAUAUUCAGAAGUUUGCCUUGGCUGGCACGAAUAAGUAAAUUGAAAAUUAUUCGUAAAAAAAUAUCAAAAUUUUUUCGACACCUCGUA